AUGAUGACAGAUUUUCGAAGUUGUCAACAACAAUAUACUGAUAAUUCAUUGAUACCAUCAUCAACACCGAUCUCUGUUUCAUCUUAUGGUGCUUAUUUUCAUCCAAAUAUUGCUUAUAAUACAACAAAUGAAAUAGAUGGACAAUAUUCUCAAUUUACAUCUUCAUAUGCAUCACAAUUUUAUCACCAUCAACAGCAACCACAACAGCAACAAUCAUAUGAUUUUGAUUCAUCUUCUUCUGCUUCAUUUAUACCACAUUAUUCAACACUUCAACCAGUUAAUUCAUCUUAUACAUCAUUUUCACCAACAUCUGAACCUAAUCCUGAUAAAUCUCUUAAUUAUUUUUAUUCAUCAUUACCAUUACAAACAACACUUUCAUCAAGUUCAACAACUGAAUCACGUUCACCAUCAACUCAUUCAUGUGAUGAUGAAUCAAAUAUAACUAUAACACCAAAUAAAAAUGAUAUUCAUACAGAAUCAUCUAUGAUUAAUGGUUCAUGUGAUGGUACACGUCGUUGUUUAUUAUGGGCAUGUAAAGCAUGUAAACGUAAAACAGUAACUGUUGAUCGACGAAAAGCAGCAACAAUGCGUGAACGUCGACGUCUAAGAAAAGUCAAUGAAGCAUUUGAUACAUUAAAACGACGUACAUGUCCUAAUCCAAGUCAACGUUUACCUAAAGUUGAAAUCUUACGUAAUGCUAUUGAAUAUAUUGAAAAUUUAGAAGAUUUACUUCGUUCAUCAGGAAUUAAUUCAAGGUCAUUAAGACAUGAUUUAGAUAAUCAAAAACCAAAUAUUAAUGAGUUAUUAAAACCAAGAUCUUCAACGAUAAAUUACAGUGAAAAAUAUGAGAACUUAACUACAGAUUAUAAUAGUAAUUCAACAACACCACCUGUUUAUGAAACCAUUGAUAAUUAUCCUGAAGUGGUAUUAGCACAUCAAACAAGAUCAUCAACAAUAUCAAGUCUUGAUUGUUUAUCAAUGAUUGUUGAAAGUAUUGAUCCAAAUAAAAUAGUUACUUCAUCAAAUGGAAUAUCGAACAGUACUAUUUUAAAUCAAUGUUGUUAA